GGCUUUAUUGGAGGAUAUGGCACAUGGAUCUCGUUCAGUCCGCCGUCCUGUACAGCGUCAUGACCCUCAUCAGCACCUACCUAGUAGCGUUUGCCUAUAAGAACGUCAAGUUUGUUCUCAAACACAAAGUGGCACAGAAGAGAGAAGACGCUGUUUCCAAAGAAGUGACUCGCAAGCUGUCUGAGGCAGACAACAGGAAGAUGUCUCGGAAGGAGAAGGAUGAACG